CCAACAGGUUGAUCAGGAUUACAUCAACAGUCACACCCUCCUUACUUUAUGAACAUAGCAGAACAGGUGUUUGUAAUUCAUUAGCUAAACUGAGCUCGGCACAGACAGGAAUUGAAAUCUACUCUGCUCCCUGGUGUGCUUCUUCUCUUUCUCAGUGGUACCUACUGCUUCAUCCGGCCUCCUCGUAGCCACAAUGACUAGCCACUCGAGGGACUUCCGGAGCCGUAGCAACAGCAGCUCUUUCGCUUCGCCAGGAGGCUCUUUUAGCAUGCGGAGAGAGCGUUCGUGCUCCCCUUCUUCAAGGUAUGGGGCCUGCAGCAGCCCCACCAUGGGUGUGAGCACCAGCAGGAACAACUUCAGCUCUUCCAGCUUCACCGGACACAGCCGCUGCUCUUACCCAAAGGUUUCGGUCAACAAACGGCUCCUGACUCCGCUAAACCUGGAUAUAGACCCCUCCUUGCAGGAGAUAAAGACCAAGGAGAAAGAUGAGAUCAGGACACUCAAUAACCAAUUCGCCGCCUUAAUCGGAAAGGUCCAGAGCCUAGAACAGCACAACCAAGUCCUUCUCACGAGGUGGAACUUUUUGAAAGAACAAGACAACUCCCUUUCUGAGUUGGAUAUCAAACUCCUCUACGACCAGUACAUGAACAGGCUGAACCUAGAGGUUCGAUCAAUUGAUGCAGAAAAAGAACAGCUGGAUUCAGAACUUGAUGAAGUGCUGGAUGCCAUGGAUGCCUUCCGUAACAAAUAUGAGGAAGAAAUAAACAAACGCACUGGGAUGGAAUUCACCUUCAUGACACUCAAAAAGGAUCUGGACAAUGGCUUCCUGCACAAAACUGAACUUGAAGCAAAACUGAGUGGACUUCUUGCUGUAGCAGAGUUGAUGAAAAAUAUCUAUGAACAGGAACUUGAUGAGGUGAUGUCACAAAUCAAGGACAUCUCUGUCGUAGUGGGAAUUGAUAACAACAGAUACAACCCUGACCCUCACCGGAUCGUGGAGGAUGUGAGAGCUCAGUAUGAAGACCUGGCUAUCAGGAGCUGGGAAGAACUAGAGGCACUCACACGAAGCAAGCUGAAUGAAAGAGAGGUGCUGUCUGCUAAGUAUGGUGACCAUCUCCUUAAAGACCGGAGGGUGAUUGCUGAGUUAAACAUACAGAUCCAGAAAAUGAGGUCCUGCAUCGUGUCCUUGAAAAGCCAAUGCCUACGUCUUGAGGAAAACAUCAAAGAGGUUGGAGUGCAAGGUGAAUCUGCACUCAAUGAUGCCAAAGCCAAACUGGCUAAGUUGGAGGAUGCUCUUCACAAUGCCAGGCAGGACUUGGCUCAGCUUGUCAAGGAGUAUCAAGAGCUGAUGAAUAUCAAGCUGGCCCUGGACAUAGAGAUUCUUACCUACCAGAAGCUGAUGGAAGGGGAAGAAAUCAGCAUGGAGUCCUCACAGCCUGCUGUCAUUAGCAGAAUCUACUCCAUGCCAAAGCUCUCUUCAUCAAACACCAACGUCACAACCACCUCCAAUGCGGCAAGCAUAGCAAAAGAAGUUUCAACAGAUAACAUGAACCGUAGCAGAAGCAGUUUGGAAAGUGGACUUUCUAGAAGUCACAGUGGUGGAAGCAGAGGGUUUUCCAAUGAUGAUUUAUCUAGAAGCCAUAGCAAUAGAAGUGGAGGUCCUUCAGAGGGUAUCUCAGAGGCUUCAAGAAGUCACAGCAGUAUCCGCAAAGGUACCUUGGAGAGUCGUACUUCUCGAAGCAGCAGCAGAAGUGGAAAUUUUGCUGACAUUGAAGACACCAUGGAUAGCAAUGUUUCUAGAAGUCAGGGUCAUGGAAGUGGGAGUUAUAGAAGCCACAGUAACAGGAGUGGAGAUAACCUAGAAGGCAGCCUCUCUAGAAGCCAAAGCAACAGAAGUGCUGGUUUGACUGACAGUGUAUUUGCUAGAACCAACAGUGGCGCAAGUGAAGGUGUCCAAGAGGGCAACUAUUCUAGAAGCCAAAGCGCCAGAAGUGGAGACUUAGCAGAUAAAGUGUUUGCUAGAACUCAUAGUGGUGAGAGUGAAGGUGUCUCAGGGGGCAGCUUUUCUAGAAGCGAUAGUGGUACCAGUGCAUCCUAUGUGGAAGGUGGCCUUUCUAGAAGCCAAAGUAAUGAAAAUGAAAUCCAUGGAAACUGUGGAAGUGAAGCAUGUGUUGAGCCUAGUGUUUACAGAACCAACAGUGCUGAAGAUGGUGGAGUCCCAGUGGGUGGCAUAUCUAGAAGCAAUAGCAGGGCAAGCAGCUAUGUCUCUGGUGGUAGCCUUCCUAGAAACAAUAGUGAUGCUAGCCAUGGAAGUGAUGGGUAUGCUGAACCUAUUGUUUCUAGAACCAACAGUGCUGAAGAUGGUGGGGUCCCAGUGGGUGGCAUUUCUAGGAGCAAUAGUAGGGCAAGCAGCUAUGUCUCUGGUGGUAGCCUUUCUAGAAACAAUAGUGAUGUUAGCCAUGGAAGUGAAGGGUAUGCUGAGCCUAUUGUUUCUAGAACCAACAGUGCUGAAGAUGGUGGAGUCCCAGUGGGUGGCAUUUAUAGGAGCAAUAGUGGGGCAAGCAGCUAUGUCUCUAGUGGUAGCCUUUCUAGAAACGAGAGUGAUGUUAGCCAUGGAUGUGAAGGGUAUGCGGAGCCUAAUGUUUCUAGAACCAAUAGUGCUGAAGAUAGCGGAGUCCCAGUGGGUAGCAUAUCUAGAAGUCAUAGUGGGGCAAGCAGCUACAUCUCAGUUAACAACCCUUCUAGAAGCUACAGUGAUGAAAAGGAAGCCCAUGACAGCCAUGGAAGCGAAGGUUAUGCUGAGUCUGCGGUUUCCAGAACCAACAGCGCUGAAGAUGGUGGAGUUCCAGUUGGUGGAGUUUCUAGAAGCAGCAGCAAGGCCAGCAGAGAUGGCUCACAGGGUGGUUCUUUUAGAAGCAGAAGUGGAGGCUUUGCAGACACUGUCUUUACUAGAGCCCGCACUGAAGAGGGCAACCUUUCUAGAUGCUCCAGUGGUACUAAUGCAACCUUUAUAGAAAGUAGUGCUUCUAGAAGUCAUAGUAGUGGAGGCAGAGGCAUCUUGGAGGGUAGUCUUUCCAGAAGCCAAAGCAGCAACAGUGGAAGAUUUGUAGGUGGUGGCCUUUCAAGAGACCGCAGCAGUGAAAGCAAAGAAAGUCAUAGUGAUACAAGUGGAAGGUUGGUAGAUGAUCACAGUUAUAGUGAGGCCCAUGAAAUUGUCUUAGAGUCCGGUCUUUGUAGAAGUACAGAAGCCAAAGGCGAUAGUUUUGCUAGAAGUCCCAGCGGUGAGAGUGGAGGCCCUGUGGAGACAUCUACUCCUAUUUGGAUUCACAGAAGAAGUGAAGAUGUUAUAGAGCCAAGCUUUUCUAGAAGCCACAGUGGAGAAAGUGGGAGCUUUAAACCAGCUGAUUUUUAUAGAAGCUCCAGUGAAGUAAGCAGAGGUGCCUCAGAGGCUAGUCUAUCUAGAAGCAGCAGCAAAGAAACUGAAUAUAUCCCAGAGGGCACAGUUUCUAGAAGCUACAGCUAUAGAUGUGCAGUUAUUUCACCCCCUAAUUUGUCUAGAACUGAAAGUGAAGAUGCUCCAGAAAGCAGUCUGUCUCGAAGCCACAGCUCUGAAAAAGAAAAUGUGCUAGAAGUUGGUCUCUCUAGAAGCUACAGCGGCAGAAGUGAAGAGGCCCCAGUGGAUAACCUGUGUAUAAGCCACAGUGGUGGACAUGAAGGCUUCCCAGAGAGUGGACCUUGGGUGGAGGGAGGCCUUUCCAGAUCCCAGAGUGAUGAGCCAGCAAUUGCAAUCCCUGUCUGUAUGGUCUAUGAAUUUAGCUCUGAUGAGCACCACCACCUUCCAGCUGGUGAAGUAUGCUACUAUGUUGAGUCUGGCUCUAUGGAGUAAGUGUCCCCCAGAGCACAUGACUGGGAUCCAGAUACCUUCUUCUAGAAGCCUCAUUCCAUCCGUUGACUCAUGGUCCACACAUGGAAAUCCACAUUAAGCCUUACAUUCCUGAGGUUAACAGUUGGAAAUCGGACUCCUACAGGUGGCAACGAAACCUUCCUUGUCUCUUAGGGUUUGUGGGGGUCAAGUUCACAGAGUAGCAUUCUCUGUGGUGAGGGAAAACUAGUAUUGGAGUUAUAAUACCAGCAUUACCUAUUGGAAGAACCUAGAAGCCAACAGAAUAGUCUUUUGACUUGUACUGUAUUAUAAACAGUGCCCUUUCCACCUUCUUUCUUUUACUUAUACUCAAAAAAAAUGAAUAUGUAGAUUAAAUUAUUUCUGGGCUUUUUGAAAUACAAGUGGUGCUCAGCAAG